AUGAUUAUAAAAAUCAUAGAUAGUUUAAUUAAAAAAAGUUCUAAUUCAUUUUUUAGAAGAUGUUUAGCUUGUUAUAACCACAAAGUGAUUAAUAUGCCUAAAAAUGAUCAAAUUAUAUCAAACAAUUUUAAUAUUGAAGACGAAAUGGAUAAAGAUAAAUUAAUAUAUUUAAUAAAAAACAUACAAAUUAUUAAUUUAAAAGAUAAAAAUAUUUUGAAUAAUAUAAGUAAUCUAUUAAAAAAAUAUAUAAAUGAUUAUAAUAUAGAAGAAAUAUAUCUAAUUAUACAUAGUUUUUGUAAAUUAAAUUUUACAAAACAUUCUUUAUAUACUAAUUUUGUAAAAAUUAUUAUGAAUAAAAAACCACUCAUGAAUACUAGAAUGUUAACACAAAUAUUAAUCGAUUUACAUAAAUUGUCUUCAUUAGAUAUUAAUGUUUUAACAUUUUUUACUGAACAUUAUAUUAAAGGUUCUAUAAAUAAAUUUUCUUUAUUUGAUUUAUCCAUGAUUUUGUUUAUUUAUAAUAAAUAUAAUUAUAAUGAUUUUAUAACAAUUAAUACCAUAUGUGAAAUAAUUAAAGAAUACUUUUUACCAAUUAUAAAUGAAGACAAAGGAGUUUUAACAACUAUAUUAUUAAGUAUAUCUACUUUAAAUUUAAAUUAUGAAAUUUAUUACUAUUUAUUAAAAAAAUAUAUAUAUAAAAAUUAUGAACAUUUUGAAAUUAAAUACUUAUGCAAUAUUUCAUAUUCCAUUGUUCUAAGACUAGCUAAUAAUUCUAUAAAAGAUGAUUUAUUAAAUAUUAUAUUAAAUGAUAUUAUAACAUUGUUGUUAAAUAAUUUACAUAAGUUAAAAAAUGAAGAAUUAAAGCAAAUACAUAUAGUAUUAUACUAUUUAAGGGAUGAAAAAGAAAAAUAUGAAAAUGCUAUAAAAAAAAUUGAAAAAAAGAAUAUUAAAAACACUGUAACAAUUUCAAAAAUGCAACAACAAAUUGAAAAAAUUUUCAAAGAAAUUGGUAUAUACGUACAAAAAGAAUAUAAAAUUGGACCAUAUAUAUUAGACUUUGCUUUAAAAAAAAAAAAAAUUUGUAUAGAAGUAAACGGGUUUACACAUUAUUAUAUUUUUACUAGUACUUUAAAUGCGAAAACUAAAUUGAAAUAUUUUAUUUUAAAUAAACUAAAUUGGAAUGUUGUUACUAUUGAAUAUAUGGAUUGGAAAAACAAAUCAAAAGAA